AUGAAGUCUCUCCUCGCCUUCGCUGUGCUGGUUGCUUGGGGUUUGUCCCCGGCUCGCGGGAGCCUCUGGGAUCUCCACAAGAUGAUCACGGGGGCAACAGGGAGAAACGCUGUGUGGUAUUACUCCUUCUACGGCUGCUACUGCGGUUUUGGGGGCAAGGGGCAGCCCAAGGAUGCCACCGACAGAUGCUGCCGGCUGCACGAUAUCUGCUACAACAACCUCCUGAGCUACGGCUGCAAUGCCAAAGUGCAGGGCUACCGCUACGGCUGGCACAGAAACAGCCCCUUCUGCGGAGAGGGCUCCUGGUGCUCCCAGCACUCCUGCCAGUGCGACCGCAGCCUGGCGAUCUGCCUGAAGCAAAACAUCAGGAGCUACAACAAACUCUUCCUCUUCUACCCCAAACACCAGUGCCGGUGA